AUGGCAUUUGAAGAGAGCUUGAUGAUGAUGUCAUCUUCUCUCCCUGUCGUCGAAGACGACGUCGGAUUCCACCACAUCAGGACCUCUCUGUCUCGACUCUCUGUCUGCACAAACUCCGAAGCCACCAAGAACCAAACUGAGUCAGGUCUUGUCGAGAGCCUCGACGGAGGAGAAGCCGACGGAGAAGUCUCCGAGGACGGCGACGGAGGAGGAAAAGAGAACGUCCGCGAGUCUGACUCCGACAAAGAGUUUUACACCCUUCCGGCGACUCCACCUCGCCGGAGAAGAAAGCUUCCGGUCACCGGAGAUAAAGACGUUAACGAGAGUAACAGAGACGGCGUUAGCUCACGGAGGCAGAGGAGGGUACUUAGGGAAAAGAAGAAGAAAGGCCAUCACGGAUUUAACGGCGUUGACGGAGAGAGUGACGGCGGUUUAGGGUUAACGGUUUUAACGAGAGCUAAAGGAGGAGAGAAGUCGUUGAGGUUGGGGUUAGAAGAGGUGAAAGCUUGUAGAGAUCUCGGGUUCGAGUUAGAGGUUCCGGGUCGGAUCUCUGUGUCAGCCGGGUCGAAUUUCGAUACUCAGACUAGUAGUGGAAGCAACUCUCCGAUCGCCACGUGGCGGAUCUCGAGUCCUGGUGAUGAUCCGAAGGAGGUUAAGGCGAGACUCAAGGUGUGGGCACAAGCUGUAGCGUUAGCUUCUUCGUCACGUCAAGCUUAGUUUUUAGGUUUUUUACUUUUGUUCCUGUUGCUUCUUCUUCAAGUAAUAACUUAAUUUUUAGGGUUUUUUAUGUUUUUAAUGGUUUUAAUGAAAUUUUAGUUCGUUUUCUGAGUAUUGUAAAAUACGACAAACAGUAGCAACGUGUAACUUUAGCGUGCGCUUCAACAAAGGUGAAAAGAUAAAGGAAUGUACAAUUGGGAUUACAAAACACAAAGGGACCUCACAGAACAGAACAAAGGUUAAGACUAUUGACAUGAAAAGCAGAGCUCAUGAUCAGUUUUUGAGAUUCGGACGUUUUGUAAUAGAGUCCAAUGAAUAAAGGAAUGUGU